UCACUACCCACAUUCCGAGCCACGCGUGCGCAGCCACGCCCCUCCCCGCUCUCCUUUAGAUGCUUCCCACCUCCACGCUGUGCGUCAGGUGCUGUUUGGUUGUCUCUUUCUUCCCCGCCGUUUGGGGCACUGCGCAGGCGCAGUAGGGGAAUAACACCCCCCCCGCCUCUUAUCACAUUCGCCCCCCCCGGCUUUACGGAUAUCUUGAGGAGACUGUAGGGGGGCUCGUUGUCGUCAUCGCCAUGGGAAGGAAAUCAAGUAAAGGCAAGGAGAAGAAACAGAAACGACUGGAGGAGCGAGCAGCAAGGGAUGCCAUCUGUGCCAAGGUGGAAGCUGCAAAUAAAUUGGGAGACCCCUUAGAAGCCUUCCCAGUGUUCAAGAAAUAUGACAGAAAUGGGUUAAACGUCUCCAUUGACUGCAAACGAGUUUCCAGCUUGGACCCGACCACACUCGACUGGGCUUUUGAACUAACCAAAACAAACAUGCAGACCUUGUAUGAGCAGAGCGAGUGGGGCUGGAAAGACCGGGAGAAACGAGAUGAGAUGUCAGAUGACCGUGCUUGGUACCUAAUCGCUCUGGAUGACGGCUCCCUUCCCGUGGCUUUCUCACACUUCCGCUUUGAUGUGGAGUGCGGGGAUGAGGUCCUCUAUUGCUACGAAGUACAGCUGGAAAGCAAAGUGAGAAGGAAAGGUCUUGGCAAAUUUCUCAUACAGAUCCUACAGCUCGUGGCGAACAGUACACAGAUGAAGAAAGUCAUGUUAACAGUAUUUAAACACAAUCAUGGGGCCUACCAGUUCUUCAGAGAAGCUUUACAGUUUGAAAUCGAUGAUACCUCACCCAGCAUGUCUGGCUGCUGCGGGGAUGACUGCUCUUACGAGAUCCUCAGCCGGAGAACAAAGUUUGGCGAGAGCCAGCACGCUCACCUGGGUGGUCACUGCGGAGGCUGCUGCCAUUGAGGUUGUCCUUCACUCCUGAGAAAGAACCCUGCUCUCUCCACACAACCCUGCCUUUCUCUUUGGUUUCCAUUGCCUGAUCCUGCCCCCCACUUCCUCCAUUUCUUGGUACACCCCCAAGCCAGGACAAACAAGACUCCUUUAUUGCAUCCUGAAUCCCAGGAUGGAAGAUCUUCCUCCGUACGGGAGGCUCUGGGAACCAAAGUCAUGCCUAAGUCUCAGACCUAGUGCUAGAUCUUGCAUACUUACAGUCUUGAUCCGAAGGCAUGAAUCUGGGCAGCAGGGUUUGCUUGCUUAUUUGUUAAGCUCACGCUGCUGCAGUGAAGAAAUAGUUAAAUCCCCAAUUGAAUGGUGGGGAUAGCUCUCUCCCUCCAAGCUGAAGAGGUGCAGGGAGUGAGUUUUACAGAAUCCUUAUUGGAGUAGCAGAUCUAGAAACGUGACCUUUCCUCACCUGCAUUGAUCUGUGCCUCUCCUUUCUUCGGUCGUUACAUUGGACUGCUGUUUUGCCACAAAACUGCAAUGUGUAUCAAAUUGGAUGUGGUCCCCUGCAUGGGCUACCUGGGGAAACCUUGUCUGACUCCAUCCUGUUGCUUGGAUUUCUCCUGGGUGUAUGUUGCAGCCACCUGUUGUUUUUUGGUUGAUGGGGGGAGAGGGGAGGGGAGGAGAAAAGAUUUGUACAGGUUUUAGAAUCAUACCCUGAUUAAUGUUCUGCAUUGAUCAUGCCUGGAGCACUUCCCUUUUGUUUAUACGUGGGGGGUGGGGGAAAUAUUGAUGCCGAUGUUCUGCUUCAGCAGUUUGCUGCUGGCGAGUCCCAUAUGGCUGUGUCCUUAGAGGACCUUAGAAGCCAAAUCAAGCUAUCAGUGACCUACACAGGUGAUUUUCUGCGCACAGACAAACCACCUGGAGAAAACUUGCAAGAGUUCUAAGCAAUGAUAUCUGAAUUUGCUAUUCCUGUGUCCAAAAGGCUGAGUUGAAGGAAGUGUGCAAGAGAUUUAUUUUUUUCAAAUGCUAUUAACAUUUUUGUUUGUUCAGGGCCCUUCACCCUUUUGAGUCUUUGGGAAACAGGCAGCUCUGGCAUUUCUGAAUCCUUUGUAGCGGGGGGAGUAACCUGUGGCCCUCCAGCUGCUGUUGGUUUCCAGCUCCCAUCAGCCCCAGCCAGCAUGGGCAGUGGUUGGGGAGGAUGGGAACUGGAGCCCAAACACCCAUCUUGAAAACUAUAGGUUCCUCAUCCCUGCUGUAUAUUAUGAAGCGAGGAUGUUCUGGUUUGGGUUUUUCUUUAAAGAUGUUCUUGAAUGCCUUGGCUUUGCAUUGAUGCUUCAUCAUCAGAAGGGACAGCCUUUGCCUUCAGUUAAUUGUCUUGAGUUGCCAGCUUUUUAACACAGUGUAGUGUCGUUUUCCCAUCUUUAUGUCUUGCUGUGCAGAAAUGACAUCUUACUCCCUUCUUGCCUCAGUGAGGUGUGUUGGUGUGUACAAGCUUCAUUUGAGGUGUUGAGAAUUGACCAGCCAGGUCCUCCUGCUGCAACUGUCAAUCACUGGCCUGGCCCUGCUCUUCCCACCAGGCUUCCUUAGCAAUCGAGGCUGCAACAUAGCAGAAGUUUUGGGAAGAGAGUGGCUGUUGGUUGCCAGGCAACCGCCAAUAGCUUUCAUGAGUCCCAAGUUCUGUCGUUGCAUGCUGCACCAGGCCCUGCUGACAACUGCCUGGGUCGUAUUUCCCAGUGUUGGUCCUCCUCUGCUGUAGCAAUGCUGGUGGUGCAAGUGAUCCAUCCCAUAACUCCCCUUUGCUCAAAAUGGAGCCUCUUGCACCAGCCGCACAACCUCAGGACCUCACUUCUGUCUCAGGGUGUGCCUCUUUGCCUUUUUCUGGUUCCCUCUGAAGGGGUGCAAAAUGGGUGCUCCUACUCUUGAGCCUUUAAAUGCCUGAACUCGGGGUGGCCAGUGUGAGUGCCCCUCCCCCAGAUGUUGCUGGACUCCACCUCCCAUCAGCCACAGCCAGCAUGACCUACAAUCAGGGAGGAUUAUUCAGCAACAUCUGGAGAACACCAUGCUGGCUUUCCCUGGCCCCAAGCCUCUUUUUUAAGAAUUAAAAAUUGCCCUGCUACUUGAAUUGCAUCUUACCAAAUGGAGAGAUUGCCAGUGGUUUUCCCUCUCUUGGAGAUUGGAUCGGACCCCCACAAGUUCAUACUUAGAUUUUUGUAGAAAUGCAUUGUCUACAGCCAAGGAGUGAGUUGCAUGCAGGCUUUUGUGUGUGCGUGUGGAUCAUUCAGGCUGCAGAAUCAUUCAGGGCUGGAGCAGCGAUGGCCAACGUUGUGAGCAUCUGGGGAUCAGAUUUUCCAAGAUUGAUCUGCAGGCGGGGUACAAGUGGAUCUCACCACUGUGUCUUCUCACUCCUGGCUGCAGAAUUGACAGGGACAAGAGUGCCUGCAUGGUGAGACAGACAGGCAAGCUGCAAGUCUCAGACUGUUUCUUAGUUUGCACCCCUUCUCCCUGGAGAAACUCGCUUUGCUUUCAGUUGUCAGCACUGGGGAAAGGCUCAUGGACCAGUGAUAACUUGAGAGCAUUGCAAGCACUGCUUUCAGUCAGUCUAACAGGCAUCUCCCUACCCCUUGCUGGAAGUGAUGGAGACUCAGCCAGGAGACCUCUGAAUGAGCUUGGUGCCCGUUCUGCAACCUCUCAUUUAUCAAGGGGCAGUUAAAGCUACAGAAUAGGCAGCAAUGUGCCACAGACUCUAUGGCAGGGAUGAGGAGCAUGUGGCCGUCUGGAUUUGGUUGGACUCCAACUCCCAACAGCCCCAGGUAUGCGUGGUCACUGGUCAGGGCUGGUGGGAGUUGUAGUCCAGUAACACAUGGAGGACCUCAGAUCCUGCUGUGCAACGGUUUUGGGAUGUGGCACUGCCACUUCCCACCUCCCAGGAAAUGUGUGCCUUCUAGAUACAAAGUGAUGAAAAAGUGCAGUUGUGGCAGUGGGUCCAAAUGCCGCCUGUGGGGGAGGAUAGACCACUCAGGCAGGCUGGGCGCCCUAACUGAAGGGGCGCUCACUUUGCUGGGGGUAGCACACAAUUUUGAGCACUUGCUGCUUCCAGAACACUUGGCUCCCCUGCGUGGGUUUGGCAUGUCUUUCUCCCAUGUGGCAGUAGGAGGCUCUUCAAUGCACUCUCCUGUUUGUGCAGGAACAUGCCGCCCUGGCCUAGAGCAACAAGAGACGCAGAAUUCAGCCUUGUGUGGCUGUCUUUAAUCUAAUCUGCUCCAUUGUGAGCAGGACCAAGGCAAAGAGAGCUAUUCCGCUCCCCUCUCUUGGAUGGGGCAUCUACUCAUCAUAGCAAUGUUCCCCCCUGAAAGUUUGUGGACUCAACUUCACUCUUUGGCAUGACCAUGUCAUCCUGGUCUCACAUAAUCGCCUGUAGCAGGGUGUAGAAACAAAUGGGCCUCAUUUAACACAAAACAAUCCCUUUUUUUGUUUAAAAAACAACCAUGUUCCUUAGAUAAGCCCCUCUUGCUUUUUUUUAAAUUAUUAAGAAGGGGAAAGUUGCUAUCGUGUUCAUUUUUGUUUUGUUUGAUAUGCUAGGGACAGUCUCCGAAGCUUCUAGCUCUUUUGGACUUUUUGAACAGUAGAUAAGCUAACAGUUCUCUGGAUAUUACCUCCCCAUAGCAAAAAUCCAUUGAUAAUUGCAGUUUGCUAUAUUAACCUUUUGUUUUUGUUACCUUAUACGUGGAUCUCUUUCCGUAUUCCAAAGUAUCAAGAAAAGGUGGUUGAGUGUGGCUAACUCUCACUUGUAUUUUUAUUUGCCCCCCGCCCCCCGCCCCCAAAAUCUGGCAUGCUUUGUAAUAUUAAGUUGUAAACUCUGCACUGUAUACUUCUAUGUAUCUAGUGUCCUUUUUGCCCCCUUCAUUUGCCCUCUUUAUUUUGUGGUUUUUUUGGGGGGGGGGGUUGUCCCCCCAAAAGUUUUUAGAAUAAUUUUCUAUGGUAAUUACAUUUCUUGGCAAAUAUUUUCACCAGAAUCAAAGGGAACAAGCUGACUUUUUAAUUUUGGUAUUUGUUUUAUUCAUAUGUUUGAAAAUAAACAUUUUCUUCAGUCUCUA